CAAACGCUUGACCUCGUCCCCGCCGCCGCAAUGUCUGCCGCAGACCCGCGCUACUACCAGCUCUGGGCAGCUAGUGCUCCCAAGACACCAGCUGCAUCCUCUUCAUCUUCCACCGACAGGCCAUACCGGGUGGAUCUUGACGCACCCGGAGGAGUGACCUAUGCGCCUUCGGAAUUAGCCACCCACAAUGCCAAGCGUCGUCUGUUCAUCCCAAGAAAGGGAGCAGUGGACGACGAAUAUGAUUUUGGCUAUGAAAUCGCACAGCGCAUGCGUAGCCAGCGCGCUGCAGAGUCUAGUGACGAUCGAGCGACUGUAACCGAGCAACCGUUCACUAUUGGAGAUGACACCUCGGCCGAAGCAGAGUCACAUCAAGGCGGGGAGGCAGCACACCACAACAAUCAACCACAGAGCGACGCACAACUAUAUGCUCAAUCCGUUGCCCUCGGAUCCAGCUCGAAAGACGCAAGUCGCCCAGUCGUCUCUUUUGCGGAAACGGUCACUGAAGAGACGCCUAGCGAAUCUUCUUCUGCUGCUCAGGAUGGAUAUUCGAUGGCACCGUCAGAUACUCGAUCUUAUCGCUCGACCACUACGGCGGCAGACAUUGCCCGAAAGCAAGGCCUCUUUCAACAACCUACCAUGGUGAGGGACGGCGCUGCCAUUGUUUCGACCUUUCGUCCGCCACCUUCCAUCUCUGGCGAUACAACACGUUCCGUAGACCCGUGGAAUGUGACUGCACUACACGGACGACGUGAAUUUGAACGACUAACGGAGGAAGAGAGGGAGAAGGGUCUUACUAAGUUCGAGGAAAUCUCCGGGGAGGGCAACGCGCCUUCUCUGGAAGAAGUCAACACGAAUGCAGAACGCGACGCUCCUCGCUUCUCGGAUGCUGCUACCAUACGGACUGCCAGAAGCACAGCUACAACAAUAGGAGGUGCUGAAGGCCUGCGAGUCAGAGAUCUGUUCAUUCCUGACCCACGACCUUACAAGCCUCUGCGUCUAGUCAGGCGGAGUGACCCCAGGCAGAUGCUUGUACUGGCUUCGGGCGUAGCGCUCAGCCAUAAGGAGCUACAGCAGGUCAAGCUCAUGGAAGCUGCAGCCGCCGCUGGGGCUACAAAAGACUUAUGGAAAGAAGAGCAGCGCAAGUCUUUGCUGGCUGCUCUAGGCGGCGACGAUGCGUCCGACCUUCGAGGCGGUCUUGGCGUCUAUUAUUGUCCACCCGACCCGACCACUCCCUCGGAGUCAGAAGAGGCCUCGCCGCGAUUCGAUGCUAAUUUCUCAAAGCGGAUGGAGCGUGUCAGCUUCCCUCAUCAAACCACUGCGAGGCGAGCUGCUCUGCGGGCUGUUGUUGCAGCUUUGGAGUACAUCAGAUGGGAGGAGGAAGGCUUCGACAAGAUCGUCGUUGGAGUCGCCCAGAGUUGGAUCGUGCGAGGUAUCACCAAUGACAUUCACGAAUGGAGGAAUAAUGGGUGGCGGCUAAAUCGACAGACUGUUCUGGGCAUGCCGGGGGAUUCCGUCCCUGAUCAAGACCUAUGGGAGCUUCUGGACAGAAUCGUCAGCGACUGGGAAGAGAUCGAUUGCUCCAUUCGCUUCUGGCAGUUGAGUCGAGAGGAGUUGUCACCGGCUAGACUACUGGCCGAGGCGGGCGCUCUGAAGGAGGACCAACAGGCGCAGAUUGUCAAGUGGACCAAGAAGCCGCGGAAGUUCCACUGAGAAAGUACUGAUUGCAUUGGUGUAGCUGACCACGACUAUCGCAAUGUGAAUGGCUUGCACCAGCUCUGCC